AUGGUCCCUUGCACUAGUAGGACUCUUUUAAAGGGCAAGCACAGUGAAGAACAACGCAAGCAUUCCAAGCAAAACCACAGAGUAUCCAUAUGCUCUUCUUCUCCUGAGAAGGAAAUGAAAUCUACUACCUCAGUCUCAGAUGAUGCAACUAUAGACAACUUAGUCUGGCCUUCGAAGCGUGAGGACUGCGAAUGGAUGGCUGACAAGGUCUCGCUUGGUGGCAAACAUGCAGAAAUGGACUCUGAGGCUUUCAAAGAUGAUAUUGUCUCGUAUGGAGUUCGUUCUGCACGUGGAUCCUCGAAGGCGCGUCGCAAACAAAGAAGCCGCCGGGGAAAAGCUACGAAGAAGGCGAAUUCUCAUGACAGCGGUACUGUGACUGUUGUGGGAGACAAGACUACCUUGCAUCCAAAGACGCGUCAACCUCUUGGCGAUAUUACAACUGAAACCGAGAGCAAAUGUAAUGAGACUUCUCCCUCCACGUUCCGACCUGCUUACACCGUUCCGAUGGGUUGGCACCGAGCGCUGUUUAACAUGCUAUCACAGGCUGACAAGGACCGCUCUGAAAUCAGCGAGACUGGUUAG